AUGGUAGCUGCCAAAACGCUCCUCUCCAAGCUUGAGGCGGAACAUCCCGAGGGGAUGACAGCCAAGGACAUGCUCCUUUCCAACACUGACCUUUUGCCAGUAUCGGACGACAAGAAGACAUGGAAUCACUUCUCUUACGUGUCAUUCUGGAUUGCCGACUCGUUCAAUCUCAACACUUUCACAAUUGCUUCGUCAAUGAUCACCAUGGGUCUCUCUUGGUGGCAAGCCUUCAUUUGCGUCAUUAUCGGAUACACACUCGUCGGUCCCCUCCUCGUCCUCAACGCCCGCCCCGGUGCCGUCCACGGUAUCAUGUUCCCAGCCGUGAACCGUACCACUUUUGGCAUUUUUGGAUCCCUCUGGCCCAUUCUUAACCGUGCUGGAAUGGCAUGCAUCUGGUGGGGUGUCCAGGCGUGGCUCGGCGGAGAGUGUGUCUAUGUUCUCAUUCGCUCCAUCUGGCCAUCGUUUGCUCGCCUCCACAACAGCAUGCCCGCGUCGAGCGAAACUACAACCGCAUACAUUGUGUCCUUUAUCAUCUACUGGAUUCUCUCGCUGCCUGUCACCUACGUCCCGCUCCACAAGCUUCACUGGUUGUUCAUGGCCAAGGCUGUUGUUGGCCCCAUUGUCGGAUUUGCCCUCUUUGGCUGGUCCAUCACCCGUGCUGGCGGCAUCGGUCCCGUCUUUGCGCAAAAGUCGUCACUCCACGGCUCGGACCUCCACUGGGCGAUGCUUACCGCCAUUUCGUCGUGUACCUCCAACAUGUUCACACUGGUGACCAACGCGCCCGACUUUGCGUCGCGCGCCAAAACUCCAGGUGCCGCUGUCUGGCCUCAGCUCAUUGCACUCCCCGUCGGUUUCACGAUCACCUCGUUCCUCGGAAUCGUGAUUGCCUCCACCUCGGUGCCUCAGUUUGGUACCCAGAUCUGGGACGUUGUCAAGAUCAUGGACACUAUGCUCGACAAGGACGGCUCCUCCAAGACCCGCGCGGGAAUGGCGUUCAUUUCGGCCGGCUUCAUCUACGUUCAGCUCCUCCUCAACGUCGCCGCCAACAGCCUCAGCGCUGGUUGUGACCUUACGGCCCUCUUCCCCCGGUUCAUCAACAUUCGCCGUGGCGGUUACAUUUGCAUGAUCGUUGGCAUCUGCAUGAACCCUUGGCUCAUGUACAAGAGCUCGGCCACUUUUGGAUCGUACCUUGGCGCUUACGGUGUGCUCCUCUCGUGUAUCGCUGGUCCCAUGAUUACCGACUACUGGCUGGUUCGCCGUGGUCACAUGCGCCUUCACGACCUUUAUACCUUUGAGAAGAGCGGCUGGUACCAUUACACGCUGGGUAUCAACUGGCGUGCGUACGCUGCCUACCUCGCUGGCUUUGCCAUCAAUGCUCCGGGUUUUAUUUACUCGUGCAACCCAAACAUCAACGUCCCCCUCUCGGCUCAACGUAUCUACACCCUGUCCUGGCUCACCGGCACUGGUGUCUCUGCCCUUGUGUACUACAUCUGCUGCUUUGUCUCUCCUCCUCCGGGAAUGAACAAGUCGUUCGAGGAGAUUGACGAGUCAGAGUUUAGGCUGGAGCUCUUUGACGCUGCGCCACCUGUGGACUAUAAGGAUGGCGCCGAUGUCCAGGUCCAAGCGGUUUAA